AGAAGCCAUGUGACGUGACGUUGGUGAAGUGCCGGUGGUGGUCGAAGGAGUUCAAGUGUUCGGAAAUGUUCCUCGAGGCGUCCACCAUCGUCGGCCAUUGCUGUCAAUUUGACAUAGCUCAUUUGAAACGUUUCGCUCCCAGCAAAACAAAGUUUGUACCCGGCAACACGAUUUCCCAAGGACUCGAGCUUACUGUAAACGGUGUCAAAGAAUAUGCAAAUGGAACUGUACGCGAAGGAGCAGUGUUGAUGUACAUUUUUGACCCUAACAACAAGGUCACCACUUUUGACAGCCCCAUAUCCCUCGUUUCAUCCAGCUAUUUCGAAGUGGAAAUAGGGAUCUUUGCCAUCGAUUCCUCUCCAGAGGUCAAAGCCCUGCCUCUGAAGACCAGGAAAUGUUCCUUAAGUACAGACCGAGACGUCGGAGCCAGUUUUUACCAAAAAUGCCUUUCAACGCUGGUAAUAAGAAAAGUCGUGAAUAUGUGCAAAUGUCUCCCAUUUUUCCAUUCAGAAGUCACUUUUGCGGACAUGCACUCACUCAUUCGCAUGAACGACUGUUACCAGAGUUGCGACUACGUGGAGUACAACCCGAAAGUGGAGUUCGUACGGAAAUUGAAAAACGCGAAGAACAAAAACUACACCAAACUAGCUGUCCACUACGCAUCUACAACCUGCAUGAAGCACAGGAGACAGAUUAUCUAUACCUGGGAUCAGAUGUUAGCUAACCUCGGUGGAAUAUUCGGUCUCUGCUUGGGCGGCUCAUUUAUAAGUCUCAUAGAAAUUGUAUGGUUCCUCGUGGACAUCCUCGUCACCACAAUUAAUAGUUAUAAACAGAAAAAAAAGAAGGUCUUGCUUUGUAACGAAAAAGAUAAGAAACAUGGCAAAAACGAAGAUGGAUAUUAUAAGUUUACACAUUAAUUUACUCGUUGGCACUUUAAUAAGAUAAUGGACGACCGUGUCUUCUCAGUAGUCCCCAUUUUCAUCUCUAUAUAUCUCUCUUUUAUGGAAAAUAUACUCAUGGCCAAAUUAGAGGAACGCAAAAAAAAGGUUUAAUUACUGGCCAGCAACUAAAGUAAUUUCAAAAUGUGUAAAUAAACUUUUUUUUGCGUUCCUCUAAAUUUCUCUAUGAGUAUAAUUUUACACAAUUUCAUGUUUAGGAUAACCAAAGUUAUCGCCAUUCGUUUGAUUUUUUUUAAAUUUUUUGAUUAUUAAUAAAUUGUACUAUAUGUCUAAAUUAACAUAUUGCCAGUAACUAUACGUUACUGCCUGCAACAUAAAUUUGCGACGCACGGAAUUGCAUAAAUAGCAUGUAAGCAAUAAUAGUCUAUAAAUAACUAAUGUUUAGAUUUAUUUACUCUCUUAAAUACUUGACUACCGAUAAUAUAACACAUAUACGGAAUGUUUGGUUUUAAUUAAAAAACUCCAUUCGACUUUCCGCUGCGCUACCAAUUUAUCUGAUGGACAAGGAAAAUCAAAUUUCAUACAAAUAAUAAAAAAAUAACGAAGGGGCUAUGGUUACUUUACAUCAAAUUAAUCUAAUCAGGUAACCUAAGCUAUUGAUAAUUAUUUUAAAUGAUUACGGAUAAUCAAAUUAUUUCUAACAAUUAUUUUGAUCGCACUUAAACUAUCGUGAGACAUAUUUCAAAAUAUUUAGACCAGUACGGUUUUUACUCACUAUUAUUUUUAGUCUGAUCUAAAUAUUUGGAAUUAUUUUGA